GCUCAUAUAUUUUUAUAAAUAGAUUUAUUUACUCAAAAGUAUACGUACAUAUCUACAAUAUGGUUUAUUCAUACGUUACACGACUCAUAACAUUGUAGGUAAUGUUCGUUAUCUCUUAUCUAAUAAUUUAUACGUAACAUGCGCAUUGAUUACGGAAACGGUCACGACAGCGUUAGUGAGAAUUUUGCUAAUUGGCUAUAUCUAAUAGAUAAGCAAUAAAAUCAAUGGGGAGGACAUCGGCUGCAUCUUCAAUUUAUGCCGAUGUGGAUUCGCGAUGCGUCGGGUCCCGACGCCGACCCCCGCCACCGGACCUCAUAUUUAUACGCUAAAGCGGACGCCGCUAAGAGUUCAAACGUGCGUCGGGCGCUCGGAACAGUAGACGAUCGAGAGAAUCGCAACGCGUGGGUAGACGAGGGCGAGUGCAGUGUGCAGUGCGUGCGGGUCUUGUGUCGCUGAAAGCUCGCGCCGCGAAGCCUCCGACAGCGGCGGCAUCGCGCGAGCGCCCGCCUCGCGUCAGUGCCGGCCCGGCCGUGCCGAAAGCACCACGCUCCGGCAACGAUACGAUCUAACUGUUAACUGCAGGACACUGGUACACACACUGUAUCAACAACUUUGAAUUAUAAUCUGCCGGCCGUCUAGUGAACGCGAAUAUUUUCAUUGUGAAAGAGUGACGGACGGGGUCAGAUGGAUCGGCGGCGCGCGGCGGGGGCGCUGAUCGCGCUGGCCGCGUGCUUCGCGUGCUCGGCUGCGGCACCUACAGCCAGCAAUCAGACAUCUUUAGAUUUAUACGAAGGAGCUCCGGAAGGUUGUUACUACAACUUCCAACAUUAUGGCGAAGGCGAUCGAAUUAUGACGAACGAGCCUUGCCUAAACUGCACUUGCCACAACCGAAUGCUGAUGUGCUACUUGAGGGUAUGUCCCUUCACAAAAGCCAUCGGUCAAGACUGCACUGUCGAAAAACGAGCGGACCAGUGUUGCCCUAUCGUUACAUGCCCGGACGUUCCAGUUGACCUACUCACAUCUACGUCGACCACGUCUCCAGCUGAAUAUGGAGCAACUGGACUUGGCAAAUUGGACAAAUACGGAUGCAGUAUCAACGGCAAAUAUUUCCCUGAAGGAUCUAAAGUGCCCCCGACACCGAACAAACCUUGCGAACAUUGUUACUGUAUACGAAAUAUGACGACUUGUGUUAUGCAAGAAUGUACUCUGCAUGUAGAUGGUUGUACACCGAUCUACCACAAAGAUGUUUGCUGCCCGGUCCGUUAUUCUUGUGAUCACCUAGACGACGAAAUGCCUCUACUGGACGACAUGUCAACUACUGUUCGUCCAACUCCAGGAUUUUUACUGACUACAACAACUGUUUCGCCUGUUACACAAAUGACUCAAGACUGUGUGCACGAUGACCAAAUAUUCGCGGAUGGAGCUUUAAUAAAAACCGAAAAAGCCUGUGAACAUUGCUAUUGUAUGAAGGGAGAUAUAGUUUGUGUUGUACAGGAAUGUGGCGCACCCAUGGAGAAUGAAGGCAAGAACUGCACUUCCCUACCUCCACGAGAGGGCCAAUGCUGCCCAGAUACCUAUAUAUGUGAAGGGGACGAGCUAAGCUCUGAAUUGCCUACAGAAACAACUACAGAAUCUGUAUUGGAAAAGGUCACAACGUUAUUGCCUCCAAGAAGAACUGGUGUUGAAGGCAGCGGGUACAGAAAUGAACCUGACGAAGCUCUAUACACAUCCAUUCCGACUAUGGAACCUGAAGUCGAAGGUAGCGGAGAUGAUCAUGAUACAUCAAAACCAGAAUAUGAUGGUGAAACAAUACCUCCCACUGAAGAUGGUGAGCAAUUCAUAUCUGUCACAAAGGCUCCUAUGCAUGAAGAUCAGGAGCAUCCUGCCACAGAAACUGACAAAAAUGUAGAAGACCUAACCUUAGAACCUCAUGAUAGUGUAGCAACAACGAUGUCUUCCAUAGAAAAAGUUACUGACAAGUUAGACGAAGUAACAGCAGAGUUGAAGCCUCACGAACAUUAUACCACAACAAGCCCUGAAAAAACAAGCACAGAAUAUGUUGAAUCCCUAAAUACUGUUCCUGAUGAAGUUCACGAUGUUGACGAUACUAAAUCUCAUGGUGAACCAACUCUACUUACUACAAGUGAACCAACGAUAGAAGUCAGUGAAAGCACAUCUUCAACCGUAAAUGAAGAUAGUAGAACUACAGUAUCAUCUGAAAAGACAGAAUUUGUUACUGCCGCUACUUCUGCAUCUGAAUUCGACACAUCAACAUUUACACCAGAAAAAGAAAUCUCUGAUGGUGAAAAAGAUAUUUCAAGAACUACUGUCGCUAAAGAAGAGGAACAAACAGAAAAAAUUGAUAAUGAAUUAGAAAGUUCUACACCUCAACCAUUCAUUUCAAGCUCUACAAAUAUUCCAGCAGAAGAGGAUAUAAAACAGACGACUGAACCAGAUCACGCCCAAAAUACUGUAGCUGUAGCUGAAGAGGAUACAACCGAUUCACAUAUUCCGAAUGUCACGGAAGUACCUGAACCUUCGAUUGAGGGUGAGAAAACGACUGUUGUUAAUGUCGAACAAGAAUCAGCCACUGACAAAACAGCUAUAGAUGAAGUUUCAAGGCCGAGUGAAUUUGUACCUACUACAACAAUCACUUCACAUGACGGUGAAAUCAGUACAGAAGAACCAGAUAAGGGAUUGAAUACUAUACCUAAUGAAGUUAACGAAGAAUCGACAUCUUCAGCCCCCCACUUAGUAGAUACCAAGACUACUGAACCAGAAACACAAGAUGAGGACAUGAAACAAACAAUGACACUAGACACCGCAACUCUGACUCCAGAUGUUAUGGUUACUAAAGGUGAUCAGUACACAGUGACAACAGAACCAUCAUUUAGAAAAGAAGAUGAAAUUAGUGUAUCUACCAAAAAGACAAUAGACUUUAUAUCUACCACAGUAAGGCCAGAGUUCGUAGAUGAAGGUUUAAUACCUACAUCGACGCAUGAUGAAAAGAUUGGUUCGAGUUCUGAAAGUCCGUCAAUCGAAGAAGACAUGACCACUUUAAUACCAGAAUACACGAAAGAUAUGGAAGAAACUGAAGGUUCGAAAUCAACCAGUCCAGACUUAAACCUCGAUAUUUCAGAAGUAACUGAAAGCGAACCUGUGAAACACUCUGAACCCUCCGCAGAUCAUGAAGGUGAAACAUUAUACAGCACAGAAAAACCGACAGAAACAACUGCAUUUGUUGAAGAUGUCGAACAUCACGAGGAACCAAGCCGCAUUCCCGGCGAAGGAGAUUGUUUAUUAAACGGAGUUACUUUCAGAAACAACUCAGUGGUGCCAAGCACUAACAACUGCCAUACAGGAUGUAGGUGCGUGAGUAGCAUUAUCAAAUGCGAUCCUAUAAUAUGUAGCCCACCACCUGAUUACAUGGACAAUUGUCAAUCCAUCUAUGACUCUCCUGAUGGUUGUUGUCCUACAUAUGUUUGUGACCAUCCUAGAGAGACAGUUCCGCCUCAAUCAGACAAUCAAAUGUCUGGAACUGAGUCUCCUCUUUCAUCACCUUCAAUUGAGUGCCGUGGUGACCAAUGCGAAAUUAGCGAACCAGUCAAACAAUCUACAGAAAGAUCUGAACCUUGUACUGCUGAUAGUUGUUCAGGUGAGACUGGUCCGAAAUCUGAAUUACCCCAUACAAGUCCAACCUGUGAAAAUGAGGCAGAUUGCAAAUCCGUGGAAAUUCCUACUCAAGAGGCCACUUCUUGUGAGGGAGAUUCGUGCAAAAAGGUUGAUUGCACAGGAGAUAAUUGUGAUCCUAACGCUAUAUUUGUACCUGACUACACACACAAGACUCCUCAAGAUAUUGCCGCCCAAGAAUGCACUGGAGAAGAGCCUUGUAGAAGGAAAGAAACAUCUGAUACAAGUGCAAAGAUACCAUCUGAAUGUGAUGGUCCUAAUUGCAUAUCAGAAAAGGAAAUAACAACCCAAGAUGUUGUCUACACAAGUACAAAAUCAUCUAUACCUACAGAGGAAGUAACAGAAAAGGUAGAGGUUUUGCAUGAAGGUAAAGUAACUGAAGUACCCGAAACAACAAAACAACCACAAGAAACAGACACUUACACAACAGAAAAACAACUUGAUGCCAUGAAACCAAGCAAAGAUGACGGUGAAAAAGAACCUGCAAUUAAUGAAGAACUGGAAACGAAAAAGCCUGCAGACAUAGAUGACGAAGUGACAGAAAAAAUACAGAUUUUAGAUGACGAUAAAGAAACACCUAUUGAUACUAAAGAAACAAUGACGGAAAAACCUGUUUCUUACGAUGAUGACCAAAAAGAAACAUCUGCCAUGGUAGAUGAUAUAACUGAGAAACCUACUGUGACAGAUGAUCAUGGUGAAUUUAAACCAACAGACGUUAAUGAGGUUAUAACAGAAAAACCAGUCAAUGCCCAAGAAACAGUAACUGACGUACCUGCCGUUACCGAUGAUUACGAAAAAGGAUCAUCUACUGAAAUUGAAGAGGAACUAACUGAAAAGCCAUCCAUCAUAGACGAUGACAGCAAAUUAAAACCCCCAGUCAUUGAUGAAGAUUUAACAGAGAAACCCGAACAUGUUGAUGAAGACUUUAAGGGUAAACCAACUGAUAUUGAUGAAAAAGUAACUGAAAAACCAGUUCUGAGAGACGAAAAUGAUAAAGUAAAACCCACAUCUAUGGACGCAGAGGUUACAGAGUCACCCACAAUGACGGAGAGUGAUGAAAAAUUGAAACCUACUGUUAUCAGUGAAGAAAUAACUGAAACACCAGCCCUGACAGAUGACGAUGGUAAAGAAAAGCUAACAGCUAUAGAUGAAGAAGUAACUAAGAAGCCAAAAUUACCUGGUGAUGACGAAAAAGAAACAUCCGACAUAGUUACAGACAUACCUGUGCUAACUGAAGAAGGUGAUGAGAAGGUGACAUCUGUUAUAACGGAAGAAUUGACUGAAAAGCCUGCUGUUACCAAUGAAGAUGGCAAAACGAGUCCGGUCACUGAUGAGGAUGUUACAGGCAAGCCUGAUACGACUAAUGAAGAUGGCAAAGUUAAACCGACAAUUAUUGAUGAGGAUGUAACAGAUAAACCUAACUCAAUAGAUGACGAUGUCAAACUUAGGCCGACAGUCGUUAAUGAGGACGUCACAGGUAAACCUGAUAUGGCUGAUGAAGAUGGUAAAGAAAAACCGACAAUUAUCGAUGAGGAUGUAACAAGCAAGCCUGAUAUGGGUGAUGAAGAUGACAAGGUAAAGCCGACAAUAAUUGAUGAAGAUGUAACAGGUAAACCUGAUGAAGACGGCAAAGUAUCACCACCAGUCAUUGAUGAGGAUGUAACAGGUAAACCCUAUGUGGAAGAUGAAGAUGGUAAAGUUAAACCGACAAUCAUUGAUGAAGAUGUAACAGGUAAACCUGAUUUUAUUGAUGAAGAUGGCAAAGUAAAACCAUUAGUCGUCGAUGAAGAUGUAACAAGCAAACCUGAUAUAGUUGAUGAUGCCAACAAAAUAAAACCAACAGUCAUUGAUGAGGAUGCAACAGGAAAACCUGAACUGAUUGAUGAAGAUGGAAAAGUAAAACCGACGAUCAUUAAUGAGGAUACAACAGGUAAACCUGAUACAAUUGAUGAAGAUACCAAAAUCAUACCGACAGCCUUUGAUGAAAAUGUAACAAAUAAACCAGAUGCAGUAGAUGAAGAAGAAAAAAUAAAACCCGCAAAAAUAGGUGAGGAUGCUACCGCUAAACCUGACAUUGCUGAUGAAGAUAGCAAAGUUAAACCGACAGUCGAUGACGACGAAGUAACGGGCAAACCUGAUUACUUUGAUGAAGAAAACAAAUCUAAACCAACAGUUAUUGAUGAGUAUGUAACAGAUAAACCUGAUGUGACAGAUGAUAACAGCAGGAGAAAAACUACUGAUACUGAAGAAGGAAUAACUGAAAAAUCUUCAUUGACUGAUGACGAACAUGACAAAGUACAAACCACGGUAAUCGAUGAAAAUGUUACUGAUAAACCUUCCCAGUUUGAUGAUGGUAAAGGAAAGCCAACAGAUACUGAUGGAGAAACGACACAAGAACCUACUUUGGUAGAUGACGAUAAACAACCGCCUGUCCUUCAAGGUGAUGUAACUGAGAAGCCCGUACUAUCAGAAGAUGACAGAAAAGAAACAUCUGCCAACGUUGAAGAUUUAACUGAGAAACCUGCUGAGAUUGAUGAAGAUGCAAAAACUAGACCGACAGCCAUAGAUGAAGUCGUAUCCGAUACGCCUUUAGAUAUUCAAGAAAAAGUAACUGCAAUACCUGCUGUCACCAAUGAUGAUGAAAAAGAUUCAUUCACAGAAGUUGACGUCACAAUGAAACCUAUCCAAAUAGACGAAGAUGCUAAAUACAAACCAUCAGAUGCUGAUGAAGAAAUAACGAAAAUCCCUGUGCCAAUGGAUGAUAAUGACAAGGAAACAUCUCCUGUCACUGAAAAUGUUAUAACUGAGAAACCAGCUGUCACCGAGAUUGAUGUUAAGGAAACACAAACAGUCGUUGACGAUCAAGUAACUGAAAAAUACACUCCAACAGAUGAUAUGAGAACAAAACCCACAGAAAUCGAUGAAAAGAUGACAGAUAAGCCUACUUUGCUUGAUGAAGACAUAAUUAAAUCGACGGUACCAGCAGAGGAAACCACAAAGAAACCUGUUUCAGAUUCCGGUGAUGAUGUAGGAGUAACAGACCAAUCCAUAAACGAGGUUACGAAAACACCGACAAUGGUAACUGAGGAAGGAUCUAGAACCGAGCUUCCUGAAAUAGAAAGAACGAAAUCCGAUAUUGAAGAAGUGACUCCUGAAAUUUCAUUACAUUCUACAGAUUCAACCUCAGAAUUACAAGAAGUCACAAAGACGCCUUAUCAUGAAUCAACUACACUUGCAGGUGAAGAUGUACCCGCAUUUAGCACAGAAUCUGCUGUAAUUGAGCCAUCUGAUGUAAGUACAUCAAUGCCGAUCGAAGAUUUACCUUCCAAAUCAACGCAAACUGAGGAAGCAGAAUUCGUUCCUGAAACACCAACCAAAUCUCAGCCAGACGAAGACGAGGCGACAACAAUGGGAGUCUAUGAAACUACUCCUAAUGUAGCUAUUACUUCCGGCCAGGACAUCGAAAAAGAAACCUAUGAAGUUACUAGUCCGAAACAAGACGUCGAAGAGAAACCCAGUACUCAAGCGACAAAACUACAUGAUGAAACAGCAUCAGAUGAAAUUACAACCAAGUCCACACUAGGUCAACAAGAAGAGACGUCCACUGAUAUACCAGACCUCGAAUCACUAACAACGCGAAAACAAGGCGAUGAACUUGUGAAAAUAGAGCCUCAAGAAGGACCUGAAGAUGAUAAACAUAAACAACCAGAAAGUGGUCUGAUGGAGGAUGAAAUGACAACGAAAAUGUAUGAAGAAAGUGACAUAAAACCAGUUCCAGAGUCACAUAUGACUGAUCAAGCAAUUGCUGUUACACCUGAAUCUGAAAGUACAUCUGAUGUAACCGAGCACCCUUUUCAAGUGUCUGGACAGCCAGAUAUUCAGGAUGAUAAGAAAACAACUUCCGAAACUUCGGAAUCGGACAAACCAAAAGAUGAAGAACAAGAUAAAACUAUUACAGAAACUCCAAUGAGUAGUCAAGAUGUAUCAACAGAACAUCAAAUACCUUUAGAAACUCAAAAAAUAAGUGAAGAAGGUACCACAGUUAAAUACUACAUACCAGAAAUUGGAGCAACAGAACUACCUGACCAAGCCAUUAGGGACGAUUUGGAACAUAGUACACAAUCAUCAGAACUUAACAAAGAUGAACAAGACAACUUGACAAACGCUACAGAAGAGCCAGUAUUGGAUAUAACUGAAUCUCAAAAGGAUGACGAAAAGACAGGUGUAUCUGAAGAAACUCAUCAAACACAUAAAGGUACGACGCCUAUAGAAGAAUAUUCACAAGAGCAUGAAGCUACUACAGAAGAAGUCCAUUCCAAAGCCCCUGACACAUAUGAUACACCAGAAAUUGCAGAAAGUAGUACAAAAUCAGAGGGCUCGAAUGAUUCUGAAGUCAUGCCCACUGAGAUUCCGAAGACAACAGAAAAGAUUGAGGACCAAACUGAACCAAGUUUGUUGUAUACGGAAUCGCAUGACCAUGAGAUGAAACAACCUACUGUUACAGAAAUACAAGAACAGUCUACUAAAUUGCCAAUUUCCUCAGAAGAUUCAAAAACAGAGCAACCUGAAGUGCAAGUGACAAGUGAAACUCCUCAAUCACUUGUAACUGAACACUCAGAAACCACGAUUUCCGAAAAAGAGUCACAAGAUCAGGAAGUUGUUACAGUACAAAUUCAAGAAACUACUAAAAUACCAGAGUUGCCUGAUGUGGUUACCGUACCUGAAGAGCAACAAACAAAGGUACCUAUUUAUAUGACAGAACCUGCGGAAGAACAUGAUGUUAAAGAAACAGCCACAGAAGAUAUUAGUAAAGUAACUUUAGUGCCUGAGGAACCAGUUACUGAGAAACAAGAAACUCUAACUACUCUACGAGAAUCAUCCCCUCAUAGUCAUGAAGAGCCAACAGAAAAACCGCAAGUAGAUACCAAACCACAUGAAGCUACCGAAUCUCAGACUGAAACUUCAGAAACGACACCAGACUUAAUUAUUUUAGAAGAACAUACUCAUAAGACGGCUGCAGAAGUUACAACAGAGUUGCCUUCUGAAAAUGAGGUUACUGAGGAAACUAGCGAUGUUUCACCUUAUGAAGACCAUACUCCAAAGGUUACAGAACAUAAUCCAAGCGAAUCACCAAUCGACAACGAACGCUCGACAGUUUACCCCGGAACUGAACAUCAACAGCCAGAAAUGACUACAGAAAAAGCACUAGAGAUUGCUACAAAAGAUACCGAAGUUGACAGGAAACCUAGUGAAGAAACCCCUGUUGAAGAAGGAGUGACCGAAAAAGAAGUAGAAGUCACUGUACAAGACACGGCCGAAGAUAGUAAGUACACGACUGCCCAUAAAGAAUACACUACUUCUGCACCAACUCAAGUCUCCGAGGAAACAACUCCAGAAGCUAUUACAGAACCAGCAAUAGUUUCUGUUUCGGAAACUGGCAUUUCUGAAUCGAGCACAAAAGAACCACUUUCCUCAGAGAAACCAACACAAGAAACAUCCGUAGCUGAAGAUGAAAUAAUCUUCUCUACAACUAAAGCAACAACUCUUAGACAAGAAGAAGAAAUCUCAGAUGAUAAGGUAGCUAAACCAGAAGACAGGCCUGCUUUGACCAGUGAAGUGCCACCAACAAGCACAGCCGCUGAAGUUCAGAAACCUAGUAUCACGGACACACAGCCUACCGAAAAGAUUCCGGAGCCAGAGGAAGAAUUCCCUUCAACGGGACCUAACGGAUACGGCGAACCCGAUUAUAUUGAAGAAGAUCAAGCAUUCGGCCCUGGUACUUGUCGCUACGGUGGCAAGGUAUAUGUUUCUGCACAACAGAUACCACGAGACGAUCCAUGCGAUUUCUGCUUCUGCUUUAGAAGUGAUAUUAUCUGUUUACAACAAAGUUGUCCACCGCCUAUUCAUGGAUGUCAUGAGGAACCGAUUCAAGGUUUCUGUUGUCCCCGAUAUGAAUGUCCAGUGUCUAUGGCAACCACAGUCAACGUCACAACGACCACUACGACAACGACUACCACCCUGCCUCCACAUUUCCCGACUCAUUCGUACAAGGGCGCAGCACAAAGAAGAGGCUGCCAAAUAAAGGGACACACGUACAAAGUAGGGGAAGUAGUGCGAUCAUCAUCAGGACCAUGUUUACAUUGCACAUGUGGAGGAGACGGCCAGAUGAAAUGCGAUCCCAAGGCGUGCACUCCAGAGCCCAUGCUAAGGCAAAUGAUAGCAGCUGCUGUAUCCGCCAAAAGACGAAGGUGAAAGCCCUACGAGAGAUCCCAAAUUGUCUCGUACACGCGAUCACAAGGGUGAAGCGCCUAUGUGAUAAUUAAUUCCAUCUACUCUUCUAUGCACAA